CUCGAGUAUUUUUAUCCAACACUUAUAUAUACCUUCAUUGAUUUGUCUGGACGAUUAUUCGUUGAUUGUUCUUUUGGAGUGGCAGAAUGGAUAUCGAUAAACAGGUACUGCUGUUACUGUUGCCUAUAUUCUUACUAGGCUUCAAUAACGUAGCUGCGAGUAUAGGCCAUGCUCCAGGCCUUCUUCCAGCUCCUCUUGUUGUCGGCUGGACCAAGUACGUCCCUCAGGCGGUGCCACCUCACGCCUGGACCUCCACGUACCUUAAUACCGGCGUCCGAGUCCUCCCUGCGCCUCCAUACUAUGCCCCAGCUUAUCCCCAUCCUGUCCCCGUACCCUACCCAGCCCAACCCCUCAUCCCUGCUACUCCUAUCCCCACACUAAACGCCGCAACCCCUCUAGUACCUACUCCUACCUUCAAUUCUGCCCCUCCUCCACCACUCACUCCUGCUUUCAACCCCACAACAUCACUCUUCCCCACCCCUACCUUUAACUCUGCCCCACUUCCUACCCCAACUUUCAAUUCUCCGAGACCCUUCCUGCCUACCCCAGCUUUCAACUCUCCAAGGCCCUUCCUACCUACCCCAGCUUUCAGCUACGCUCCAUCCUUCCCCACCCCUGUUUUCAACUCUCUUCCACCCUUCACCCCCACUCCGAUCUCACCCCCACCGACAUUCAGAGGAAACCCGGUUUUCAAGUCACCAUAUCCGGUUCCCUUCCCCCGACCGGUGGAGCCAGGACCAAACUCUGACCCGAGAGUGCCCGUGUCACAACCCUCGGGUAAUUUGUUCGCGUCUCCCGGAUUUCAAGGGAAUUUCGCUUCGCCAUACGUGAGCCACCCCAGUGUUGGGAGCCCUCCUCGACCUUACCCCAUUCGGGGCCCCCCUCCGUCAUAUAGCGUGACUGAGCUUGAUCCUGAAGAUACGUAUGGGCCCCCUCCUAACCCUUACGUCGGCAAGUACCGCUCUGCACCUUCUGAAAAGUACGGACCACCAUCACGUGUGGACCGGUUUCGAGAGCACCCUAAUCAUCCGUCGGUGUCCCAUGUUGUGAGAAUCAUUGCCAGACCAUCGAGGUAUUCGGAGUUUUUCCGAUGAGCUGUUACUUCCGAUUAGGCUGAGAGCCUUACAGAGUUAAAGACUUGACUUGAGAAAUUUUAAAAAAGAGAAAAAAAAACUUGUGCAUAUCUUGUAUAGUUACAGUUCCUAUUACUCUAUUAGAGAAAUGUAAUUGAUGUAUUUUUGUAAUAAACUUUUGAUGUUUUGUUUCAUA